GCUCAAGCCUCGCAUUAUUCCUGCCCAAUGACGGGGCCUGCAUGCAUCGCCUCUGCGCCCUGGGAGCUGUUUUCCUAUCGGCCGGUUGCCUGUUCAACGCCAGCGGUCCGCGAGUUCCGCGGCGCGGAUUUUGCGCCCGCUCGAGAGAUGUCGCCACGCUGCGUGACCAAGCCGGCAGCGUCCGGAGCGCCGCGGAUGGCUGUUUGGCCGAGACGACGCUCGCAAUGAGGUUCAGUUCAGAACAGGCUUCGGAUCUCAACAGUGAGGAGGACUGGAGUCGGCGCAUAUGCAGCGAAGUCCUCCAAGAUCAACUCCUGGCCGUCCUGAGAGCUCACGACACCGGGAAAGCCAUUGGCCUACCGGUGUCUACGUGGGUGGAGCCACCGACUUAGCCUGGGGGCUUUUGCCCUCGGGCCCUAAUUUCUCUAGACCAAAAAUAAAGUUCUUGCCAUGCCAUGCCA